UUAGAUAAUUGUUAUUUUUUUUUUCCCAUUUUCAUCAAGCGAUCUUAAACCAAUUUAACGUCUGAAACUCAGUUUGACGCGCGAAACGAAUUUCACCAGAACCUUAAAUUUAGUUUGUGCUUAAACGCGUUUAAAGAAACGAACUGGCCGAUCUGGGGCGUUUAUAGCAUAAAAUAUCCCCCCUGAAGGGGGGAUGUUCUGUGCUUGAUAAGAUGAUUUUGCGAUGAGAGUCGUACUAUUUUUCACUUUUGUAACGAGGCCAGUGUUUCCAGUUUCUUAAAUGUCCGUCGUUAAACGCGAUAAUUUCGGCGUUUAACAUAAACUUAGUUUCGUCAAACUGCGUCUCGCUUCUUUCUGGUGAAAAUGGGCCUGAAAAAGUGGAAAAACUCGUAUUGUGGUCACAUACAUACAAAUUCGAUUCAUAAGUAAGCGAUCACAAUUGCCCUGUUUCUAGGAGGAUGGCCUGUGAUACGCAAAGAACUCCUUAAACGCAACUGGAUAGAAAAAUCCGAACAUGGCAACAAACAGCGCUUUAGCAAUGCUGAAGAUGUAAUCAGCAACUUGCCUGCAAGACAAGACUGGGAAUCACCAACAACUUAUGUGGAAAAAUGCGAAAGAACAGUAUUUUUCAGUGAUGUCACGGAUGCUGUCAGCGCACGAUUGUGACUUAUACUGGUCCAUGCGAAAAGAGCCAUCAGAUUUGCAGCAUCGAGGCAAUGCGUACAAACUGAUCAAUCGGUUCAGCCGAUCGUUAUUUGCUUCCAAAGAGGGCUUGGCAUUAUUGUUACAACAAUCUUACUGGUAUUUGGAAGAAAAUAUUGCUAAUAUCAACUUUCCUCGGUGUUACGUGUUGGGCUUCCCCGACCACUACAAUAUUUUUUUGGACGAUUUUCGCAUGACCGCAUGCAUGGGCAUUCUCAAGUGGUUCACCGAACGCUACGAAUCAAAGAAGGAAGUCCAUUCCAUAGAUGGAACGGUUCCGCACUCGGCUUUUAACUUUGCCAUGGACAGGUUUUGUUUAACUUUAAUUGGUUUUCUGAGAUGCGCGGAAUACAUAGCUGGACAGCGCCAUCAAGACAUAGACAAGGAGUUCAACAGGGUCUGGGAUCACGAGUGGGAACAGUUUCUAGACUAUUUCUAUUCGGUGGUGCACAAUAACGAGCACUUCAUGGAUUUUAAACAGGACAAACUUUUAAACUGCUAUGCCCAAGCGAAAAUCAGACUUAAGGAGAUGGCCAAGCAUUGGCCGCAGUUCGAGUUAGAUGGCAUGCGUAACAUCUGGAUCAUGAAACCAGGGAACAAGUGCCGUGGCAGAGGAAUACAGUUGGUGAAGAGCAUCGCCGAAGUGGAUAAGAUGAUGGGGUUAAAGGUGAAAUAUGUCGUGCAAAAGUAUAUUGAAAAACCGUUGAUCAUUUACAAAACCAAAUUUGAUAUUAGACAAUGGUUUAUGGUGACAAAUGUUCAACCCUUAACCAUAUGGAUGUUCCGCGAUAGCUAUUUGCGAUUCAGCGGCCAGAACUUCAGCCUACACGAUUUCCACGAAUCACUACACCUCACCAACCAUGCGGUCCAGUGUAAAUACGCCAACGGACAGCAGCGGGACAAAGCCCUUCCGGACGAUAACAUGUGGGACUGCCAUUCCUUCAAAGCUUACUUAAAGCAAUUAGGCUGUUUGGAUAAAUGGAGCCAGGUGAUCGUCCCAGGAAUGAAGCAAAACAUUGUAUGUGCUAUGCUGGCUAGCCAAGACACCAUGGACCGCAGGCCUAACACUUACGAAAUUUAUGGGGCUGAUUUUAUGCUGACCGAAGAUUUCACACCUUGGUUGUUGGAAGUCAAUUGCAGUCCUGAUUUGUCAUUUUCCACAUCGGUAACCAGCAGGAUGUGUCCGCAAUGUAUGGAAGACAUCGUGAAAGUGGUCGUGGACAAAAGGAAAGAUCCGAACGCGGACACCGGACUGUUUGAGCUAAUCUACAAACAGAACUAUCCUAGGACUCCUCCAUAUUUGGGAAUGAACCUAUCAGUGAGAGGUCGAAAAGUCUUUAGAAGCAGAAUGAGGAUUGCAAAAUCGGAGGGCAAGGAGCAUCGCGACAAAAUAAUUUGUCAAACAUCAAGGCUUAAAAGAAAUCCGGAACUGAUUAAAGCUGAAGUGCUCAGUGAUGCUGUUGCUUCAAAAGCGCUGCCAAAACUGCUCUCUUCUGAUAUUUAUUCUGGACCUGUAAUUGAAGACCUGAUUGAGGAACUCCACAAGACUAUAUAUGACACAGAUAGUGGUGUCGACUUCGUUCUACCAGCUACCCAAAAGUCCAACUCAAUCGACGUGAUUGCCAAAAAAAAGCCCACUUCGAACCGUGGGGAUCGGGUACCAAAGUUAUUCUUGAGCCGUCGUAGAACUAACCAGAAACAUUCCUCCCUCUCUAGAAAAGCAAACGGAAACGAAAUCACUAGCCAGAAGCGAAUGCCGAAUUAUAGACGUAGAUAUUUCGGGUUGUUUCGGCAAUGGGUGUCGACGAGCCAGGACUCAGCUAGAACCAGGAAGUUAGCCAAAGAUUCGAAAUGGGAAAAAGGGACCGCUAGUAUACUCAAAAAUGAAUAUCAUUCUGAGACCAUCAAUAAAACCCUUAUAAGAAAUGUUCAGUGUCUGAAUAUGUACACAUUCGAUUUGAACAAGUUACUUCCAGCGAUAAAUUCUAGUUUUCAACUGUAUCGAUUUGCACGUGAAACAUUUUAACAGUUACAUUUAUAUAGGUACUGGUUUGCAAUAGUCUCUAGAAUCAUUAGCAUCUGUCGUCGAAUGCGCGACUUGUGAGGGCUGCCAUAUUUAUUAUUUUUUAUUUAAAUUGUCUACGGUAGUGAUUAGUAAAACCUUGUAUCUUUGAAAUUAUAUAAGAACUUGUUUCAAAUGCAUAAUCCAGAGAGGAAAUAGAUUAGAAGCAUAAA